CUGGCCGGCCGCCGCCGAGUAGCUUUGGUUUGCGUAGCGCUGCUCGUGCAUCUCUCAGCCAUAGCACAUAUACGGAUUGUGGCCGAGCCCUGCUUGCGCCUGGCAGCAUGCCGUCGCCGCGAAAGCGCUCCCAAAAGCUACCGCUCUACCACAACAAUGGGAAGCGGCGCGCAGAAGACCCGCUAAAAAUCCUGCUCGCGUGGGUCGCGCUGCUCGCCGUCGCGUCGACGAUCUGGAGUCUGCUGCAUCACCACCGGCGGAGCGCGCCGGAGGUCGACAUCCACCCGUCGCUGAUCCACUACGACGCGCGCGGCGGCGCGCUGCUCAACAUCAAUGGCACGGAACCGCCAGAAUACGCGCGGCGCGACUGGCAGCACCUGGGCACGUUCCGCGGCGCCAAGGGCUGCCUCGACGCGGCGCGCGGCCCCGGCGCGGCGCCCUGCCGCAGCCUGCGCCAAGGGGCUGAGUCCCAAUUGUUUCUGCUGGCGCGGAACGGGCGCCUCAUCGUCGGAGGCACGGUCGGCGAAGACCCGAUGCGCUGCGUCGUCGCGCAGGACGGGGGUCUCGACACGGAGCCGUGCGCCGUCGGCGCGACGACGCACGCCGUCUGGACGCACGCGCACGACCGGACGUUGCGCCACCGCGACGGCUCCUGCAUCAUCGCGGCGCGCGCGGAUCUCGUCGUCGUCGGAGACUGCUCGGCGGCGACGCUCGACGAGCGGACGUGGUUUCUCGGGAGGCCGUUGCCUCGGUGA